AUGAUUACCACCGUCGCCGCAGUCAUCUCCAGCUUUGGCGGCAACAACUCGGACGAUGCUAGCGUCACACACAAGCAAUUUCAGCUAGCGCCGACCGGGGAUGACAGGCUAUCGUCACACAAUGAUUACAACAACCUCGCCUCGACGAACCAGGCCUCCGAGCGGUUCUCACGCACGUUCGACACUUUUCUAGAGAGGGGACAGCUGUUUCUCGGCCAGGCAUCGCCAGAGGAGUUUCAGGAGUUGAAUCGCCGGCUAGAACCCGUGACCGUCUCCCUAGUCGACGACGAAGACGAGUUUCACGCCGCCCGCCGCGGAGAGUUCCCCGGUCUCACCAUGUUCUGGAUGCGCGGGCUGAAGAGGACGUCGGACUUCUUGGGCGUCAUGUAUCAGCUGCCCAACAUCAUCGCACAGCGGAGGAAGUACGACAAGACUGCGGUACCGGCAGCAUUCUCCAAGGAUUACAGCAUCGCAUUUGAAGCGAACAUGCGCGCUGCCAAGAAGUUGCUAUCGAAUUCGGAUCUCUAUCGCAUCCUCCCAAGCAUUGCCGAAUCUCUGGCAUUGACGCCCAGCCAGGCUGCCAUAUGGACACCCUUCCUGGAACGCGUCCUGCUGGAUAUUGACGCCUUAGAGAACCACCUUGUCCCGCCAACCUACGUUGGACGUUCGGAUUAUGUCGAGAAGAUGGCUGCCAAGUUUCCGCCGCCUGAUUGGCUACCCAGGAAUGACAUAGCGAGCAGCUGGCUGGAGACAGGGAGCAUCCCCAACUUGUUUCCUGGGAAUGCCGGUCAACAGCAGCAGCAGCAGCAGCAGCAGCAGCAGCAACAGCAACGGCAACGACAGCAGGAGGGCGCGGGUGGCUGGAGCUCCAUGCAGGAUCUCGGUCCACUUGCACGAUUGUCACGUAACCGGCUAUCACGGUCGGUCCGAGACCAGGAUGCAGUCGACUCACUGAGCCGGGUCGUGCGAUCUAAGGUUGACAAGCGCGCUAGCGUCGGCCGCUCCAGGCUCGGCGGUGCCGCCAUGCGCUCCAGAAGGACGCGGGACAUUUCGGUCAACUCGUGGAAGAAGGGCUCGACACGUCCAAAAACACCGGUUGACGGUGCCUCCUCGAUGAAUCUCGGAUCCCUCUUAAGGGACCGCGCGGCCAAGACGCCGGCAUGGCCCACGCCGCCACGACUUGGGCAGCGACAGUCCAGCAAGUCGGUGCGCUCUACAGACAACAGACCCAGCCUCUGGGAUCUGCAGUUCGGUACGUCAGUGAGCAUGUCACUGGACGUCGAGGACGCUACGCCAGAGCUCAUGGAGGAAGACGACGAGGGUUCAGAUCAUCUGCCGUUCUGGAAUACGUCGGCAUCAGAUAUGGAGGUCGAAUACCCGUCGAGAUUCGCUGAGAAGCAAGCAAGGCAGGAUUCGCUGAAACCAAACUGGGGCUUGGAAGAGUUUAUGCUCGACGGGGAGAUGCCCCGACGGUAUGAACCACUGUACCCGGCAGAGCCUGGACGGUGGACCGAGGAGAGCAGGAAAAGGGGGUUGAUGGACCUUUUCUCCGAGCCGUCACCCGAUGGGCUGAAGCAGAGCGACGACUCGCGUGUGGAGAUUGAGCUUCGGAAGCAGCGCGAGGCGGCCAAGGCGGCCGAGGCGAAGAGGAAGGCUCUGGAAAAGGCCAGGAAGGAGGCCGAGGAGCGGAUGCGCAAGGAGCUGGAGGAGAGGCUGGUCAAGUCUGGCGGGCUACGGGUCCCGAAGCGGAAGUUUGUGGGCUCCAUCUCGGCAGACUGGACACAGCGGGCACUCAACACAAUCAACGCGUCGGACGCUGCCAAGCUGGCGACUACGGGGGAGGGCGUAGAUCUACGUCGACACGACUUCAGCAAGGUUGUCCCAGAGACGGAGUGGCUGAACGACGAGAUUGUCAACGGCACGCUCAACUGGCUGGACAAGGCGAUCAACGGGGCGGCAGGGAUCAAGAACAUCAAGACGCAGACGCGACGGUGCCUGAGCCUGUCAUCCUUCUUCUUCAAGCGUUUAAAGGACCAAGGCCCCACGGGCACAGCGCGCACGCUCAGCCGCAACGGCGUGCGCAAGGACAACCUGCUGGACGUGGACACGAUCCUCGUGCCCAUCUGCGAAAGCAUGCACUGGACGCUCCUGGUGGUGCGGCCCAGGAAGCGCACGGUCGCGCACAUGGACUCACUCAACCCGCGCGGAAAGGCGGCCAACACGGACCUGGCACUCGCGUGGAUGAAGGACGUGCUCGGCGACAAAUUCGUACCCCAAGAAUGGAAGGUCGUCCGGCACGAGGCACCCCGCCAGACCAACGGCUGGGACUGCGGCGUCCACACGAUCACGAAUGCCAUGUGUGUCGGGCUCGGGCUCAGUCCCGUCGACUCGUACACAGCAGCCGAUAUGCCGCUGCAGAGGCUGCGGAUCGCGUGUAUACUCCUCAAUGGGGGAUUUCAGGGCGACUUUGACCUGGGCGUCUACUAG